UUCCUGAUUUCUCUAGCCCGCCGAGCCGUCGAGGGAAAGGCGCGAUAGCCAGCUGCGUCGUUGCCCGCCCGCUCUCAGAUCAACAUGUCGGCGUCCGAUCUCCCCGACGAGCUGUGGGCGCGCAUCCUGGAGCUCGGCGCCGCCUCCGCCGCGCUGGGGUUCCGCGACCUCUGCUGCCUCGCCAUCGCCUCCCGCCGCCUCCGCCGCCUCUCCCUCCACCCCUCCCUCUGGUCGAGCCUUCUCUCCCGCGACUUCCCCUCCCAAUCCCAGCCCUCCUCUUCGCAGCAGCUGCAGCUUGUCGACCCCAAAUCCCUCUACAAAACCAAGUUCGAGAGGCACAAGCUGCGGAUGGCCGAGGCGAGGCGGCGCGCUGUGUACGAGGCGGAGGGGCGGCUGCUGGCGUGCCGGAAGCGGCUGACGCAGCUGGAGGGGAGUAUCCGCGCGGAGGGGGAUAGGAUGAAGGCCGCCGCGCAGGAGCUGGACAACCUCGAGAGGGUCAGGAGAGCUUCUGUGGCAUUGAACGUAUGGCAACCACAAGUAGUCCGUGGGCGACAGAAACAGUUGGUUCAGCAAUGCACUGUUCCUGUUGAUUCUCGCCUUAGCGAUCUACGCAUGGAGCUGAAAGUUUGUAAGCAACAAAUAGCAACUUACAAGAACGUUUACAACAAGGAGAAGCUGAAGUUGAACGAGUGUGAGGAAGCACUGAGACGAGCAAAAUAUCAUCCACUGCAGAAUAGUAGUCAGACAAGCUCAACUGUCGAUGAACCUCAAGCGAAGAGGAAGAGGCUGAAGUAAAGGUGUCUCGUGGCCGUUGGAAACGAAUCAAAGCCAGACGGUUCUGUUUCCCAUCCUUCCUGCAGUGGAGGAGGUUGCUCAAGAGCCUACUGCAAUGCAGCAAGUGCUAUGCAUCUCAGGGCAAAAGAUUCUGAUGCACCGCAGAUUCCCCGACGGGUUCGUUUUCAACUUUUUCAUUGCGCCAUGGCAUGUGUGCUGUGUGCACAUGGCGUACGUGGCAUUGUUCCUUUCCGCGCGGGCAGAAUGGUUGAAGCUCGGCUCAGCAGAGCUUUCCAAGUGGCCGGAAGAAUCCUAUCCUCCGCCGCCCAGCUGCCAGCGACCCCAUGGCACAGGGACGCCAACCAUUUUGCAGAGCAGAUUAGUCUGGCCCUGGUGCUUGCCCUCCACGAAACCGUGGGCGGUCAACUGUUCUGCAGCAGAAGGACGACAUAUCUGACCCGAUUGUUUGGGUUGGGUUGACCUGUGUUCUGUAGAGACGUACUGCACUGUAUGAAACUAUCUGUUGACUGUUGUAUAUGUUGCCUCCUGUUUCGAGUUUGGAUAUGCAUGGCUGUGGCUGAUA